AUGGGCAUGUCUUCCGCGGGCAUCAGUACCCCAGUGAAACAUAGAAAUAGCGAGACUAUGGCAAAAAUGGGAAUGUCUUCCCCGAUCUUUAAUUCCCCAGUGAAAUUUCGAAAUAAGGAAAUUAUGGAAAAAAUUGCCACGUCUUCCCCGGGCAACACUUCCCCAGUGAAACUUAGACAUAUAGAGACUGUGGCAAAAGUGGGUAUCCGGUAUACAGACAACAACAAAGAUAACGAGAAUGAGAAAGAGAAUCAGAGGAAGAGCGAAAGCGGGAACGGGAAUGAGAACGAGAACGACAACGAUGACAGCGACAGCGACAUAGACAACGACGGUAACGACGACAAUGACGAAAUUGACAACCAUGAUAAAAACGACGAAAACAAUGAAAAUAGCGACAGUGGCGACAACGACGACAAGAGACACAUCGUAAACCCUGUUUUUCGAAUUCCGCGCGUCUGA